UCACCAAGGCAACAUAUUAACUUUAUCACUCCCGUUGGUUACAGAAAAUGGCCAAAACGACAUUGGGUGAGUUAGCUGACAGGCCCUUCCCGAACGGUAAUGAAGAUGCAUUUACUGAUGUGAUAAAAUGUCUUGAUGAGAAUUUCCCAGAGGAUUGGCGCAUAUGGGAGAUUGCUGAUAUCUCUUUUAAAGAUCUCUUCGGUGAAGACUCCCUCACAAGUUUAGAUAGCAAAAUAAGGUUUGCUAUCCCGACUACAGACUUAGCAAAGGCAUUUAAUCCCGACUGCAAAUCCUUAUCCGAAAGAAAGUACAGAAGUAUUCGAUGUAAACUACUAAACUGGUCGUUAGGCCGCGCCUUAAUAUACACCCCUCAACAUUACUCUGAAAGACUCUACGGAUCAGGGGAUAAUUAUAAACGAUUUAGAGAAGCUGUUAAUAAAAUCAAAACUAAAUUAACCACCAGACGAAACGCAUCCGCUGAGUUAAGAGACUCCAGUGUGGAAUCUUUAACAUCGCCAUAUUCCUCACAUAACGAGGGUCGUGGGGAUAGGGAACAUUCUUCGCGAAAAAGAAAGUCUGUAAUUAACGAGGACUCUCCACCUUCGAAACAAAAGACCACUUCGCGAGAUUUAAACAAUAGCGAACACCUUCUUGCCUCUGUCCAUAACCAACAUCUGUUGGUUAUUGUGGUCUUGUUGAGAUCUAAUCAACUGGUUGAAAUGUUCAACCAGUUGAUUAGAUCUCAACAAGACCACAAUAAAAAACUCGAUGACGUUUGUGCUUUAGCAUUAAGAAAAAAUCCUACCGACUUAACACCAAGAACAGGACCCGAGCCCACAGAUCAGGAGAUGCUCAAUUCUUCGUUCGAUUCCGUACCAGACAGCACCCAGGCAGACGAGGAAACUGUGGAAGAAAUUUACUCAACUAAUUUAAUCGAUAGCCCAAGCCUAGGAGCAGGGUCUGUUUCAAAACGCGAAACGGAUUUAAGGCAAAGAAUAUGCGAAGCGCAGAGGGAAUUGAUUAAAUUGCAAAACGAAAAGGUGGAAACGUUUAAUUUCGAACCAAACACCGUAGAAGGCGACCCAAAAAUAACCAAGGCCGACCCAUAUUUUGUUGCUCAGUGUAUUCAGUGCCAGCGGUUUGGCCAGGAGGGUUGGAAGAACAUAAGAUAUAGUGAAAAACAAAAACAAUAUCAAGCCACACCAGCUUUCCAUGCCCUUAAAGUUAAUAAUAUACUGGCGAGCGUUUCACCUACCUGGAAAUCGACAAUGACACUUGAGAAGUUCGACACGGUAUUGGGAGCAAUUACGCAUGGCCUUCUACAACAGAGAAAAGAUUUUCACGAUCUCGUUAACGGUUUAUCCCCCGACGCCCAAAAUACAGUGGCGCGAGACUUUGGGACAUCAAAGUAUAAAGCUAAUGCCGACUCUCUCCUGCAGUACGUCUGUGGUCGAAGGGCGGAAGUAAUUGAGCAAAGAAGGGCAGUAUAUAAGGUACCGAACAAAGCUCUUAAUGAAGCCUUACAUAACAUCCCACCUUCAGAAACGCACUUAUUUUGCGAUAACCUUCUAUCGCAAACCAUAAAAGAUUGCUCGACUGGAGACAUUAAGAAUAUUUUUCCGUUCACCAAGAAACACGCGACAACAAAAACACGUCGAACAGAUAAAUAUGGGGAGCGUCCGCAACCGUUACACGUGUCGAAAUCGUACGGUUACAAGAAAUACAACAAAACAGGAAGAAAUGAAGCCGGAUGAGGACCAUCAUCGAAGCAAUAUAACCCCCACCCUAAGCAACAGCAGCAACAACAACAUCAGUAUAAGAAAAAAUGGGGGGGAUAACAAAAGGAAAUGACUAUUUCAAGGCGGGAUGCCUCCAAUAUUAUGUCCGAAAGUGGAAAUCUGCACCAAGACUCAUAAAAAACUUUAUCGCAGGCUACAGAAUUCCUUUUUCAACAAUACCUCCAUUAAGAAAGUUCACUUUCCGAAACAUCAGGAGAUUUCGGACAAAGGUAAAUAAAUCCAGAAAUGUCAAGACAAAUUCAAGACCUAUUAAAAUCGAGAGCCUUAGAAGAAAGCCCAUACAAAAGAGGAAUUUUGUCAGAAAUGUUCCUGAGAAAGAAGAACGAUGGGUCUUUCCGUCCUAUAUUCAAUUUAAAAGGUUUAAAUCGUCACGUAAUAUCACCCAAAUUCCGUCUUCUAAACCAUUUAAAACUCCCGUCAUUGCUAGACAAAGAAGUCUUCAUGAUGAAAUUGGAUAUUUCUCAGGCUUAUUUCCACUUACCAGUGACCCCAGUCAUCGCCGCUUUUUAUCUCUCAGUUACCAAGGUUUGUUUUACCAAAUGACAUGCCUGCCCUUUGGUCUGGCGAGCGCUCCAGCAGCUUUCGCCAAGAUAACAAAUUGGAUCGCCCAUGUGAUCAGGAUGAAAGGCAUCCGUGUAGUCGUUUACCUGGACGAUUUUCUGCUAAUACACAAGGAUUCAAAAACUUUACAAGAUCAAGCUGCUUACGUCACCAAUUUCUUGACAGAACUUGGAUGGAACGU